AUGAACACCACUGCUGAACAAGAAACAAAGUAUAUGUUAGAAGGUAAAAUUAUGAUACCAGCAACACCUGAUGGAGUUGCUGCAUCACUUGCAUUAGGAAAUAAGUUAUUUGAUUUCAACCAUGAACGAGAUUUAUCCUUCCAACAAUACAAUGUCUUUGCUCCAUUCAAUUGCACACGAGGGAAUUUCAUUGACAUUGGAGACAACACAGUGAUUAACAUUAAUUGUUAUAUUCUUGAAGGUGGACCAGUGAAAAUAGGAAAUAAUGUGAUGAUAGGACCUAAUGUUAGUCUUAUAGGUGGUACACACUCAACUGAUCCAAAGAUCAGAAACGCAUGUGGUGGAACAGCAUAUGGAAAACCAAUUACCAUCAAGGAUGGAGCAUGGAUAGGAUGUGGUGCAAUCAUCUUACCAGGUGUAACAAUUGGAGAAAAUGCGGUUGUUGGGUCAGGAAGUGUAGUCACGCAUGAUGUUCCAGACAAUAUGAUUGCUGUUGGAAAUCCUGCUAAAGUUAGGAGAAGAGUUUCAGAACAUCUAGGAUGGACAAUAGAGAAUAGGGAUGUUCCAUUAGACUAA